UUGCCGUGCCGUGAAGUGCAAUUUUCUCGUAUGCGUUUUAGAGAGGUUGUCGAAAAAAGACGAUCUAUAGAGAUUCCCCAUCUAUAUCCAAUCGAGAAUAGAAGCGAGUCGCUUCCGGCGUCGGCUUGUAGUCUCUGCAGUCGGCACACGCACGCGCCCGCCAUCAUGCCUCCUUGGUUCGGGACGAAGCCAAGCGAGACAUACGAUAGACGAAGGAAGCGCCCACCCAGCAGGAGGGCUAAAACCUGUAGUUUUGAAGUUGCAAACUCCAGCUUCGAAGCUGGAGUGCUUUAGCCCUUUUUUAAGCAAGAAUCACCGUCUUGAGCGCCUUGCGCGCUCAAGAACAAGCAAGGGAUGAGCGCUUUGUUGCUAAAGCGGAUACGUUUUCUUGCUGGGGAAGGCUAGUUUGAUCGAGGAUUGGAGAGGAGGGAGAGGUGGAAUAAAAAGCUCGGGAUGGAUUUUGGAGUCUUUGUGCGAGCCGUAUGCGGUGAGAGUCGCACGUACGGUAAGGAGGGGGGUUCGCGUCUAUACGUGUAGUGUGGUGGUUGGGCCUACCCACCCUAUUUGUUCCAUGAUCUAUGGGUCUACUGGAGCUACCCACUUCGAUCAAUUAGCCAAGAUUUUGACCGGAUACGAAAUCACUGGUGCUCGAUCUAGUGGUAUUUUUAUGGGGAUUCUUUUUAUCGCUGUAGGAUUCCUAUUCAAGAUUACUGCAGUUCCUUUUCAUAUGUGGGCACCUGAUAUCUAUGAGGGUUCACCCACCCCGGUGACAGCAUUCCUUUCUAUUGCGCCUAAAAUCUCUAUUUCUGCAAAUAUGUCACGUGUUUCUAUUGUUGCUUCCUAUGGGGGUACAUUACAACAAAUCUUCUUUUUCUGCAGCAUUGCUUCUAUGAUCUUAGGAGCACUGGCCGCCAUGGCCCAAACGAAAGUCAAAAGACCUCUAGCUCAUAGUUCGAUUGGACAUGUAGGUUAUAUUCGUACUGGUUUCUCAUGUGGAACCAUAGAAGGAAUUCAAUCACUACUAAUUGGUAUAUUUAUUUAUGCAUCAAUGACGAUAGAUGCAUUCGCCAUAGUUCCAGCAUUACGGCAAACCCGUGUCAAAUAUAUAGCGGAUUUGGGCGCUCUAGCCAAAACGAAUCCUAUUUCGGCUAUGACCUUCUCCAUUACAAUGUUCUCAUACGCAGGAAUACCCCCGUUAGCCGGCUUUUGUAGCAAAUUCUAUUUGUUCUUCGCCGCUUUGGGUUGUGGGGCUUACUUCCUAGCCCCAGUGGGAGUAGUGACUAGCGUUAUAGGUCGUUGGGCGGCCGGAAGGUUGCCAUGAGUAAGGUUGGGAGACCGAAGGCAGUUUUCCGUGCACCGGACACGUAGCUUACCGAAUCAGUUGCAACACAGAUGGGAAUGCAUGCUACGAAAGACAGGGUCGAGUCUGAUACAUCAACCGUCGACUCCAUAUCCUUGUACGAGUCCACAAUCACUACACGAGAUGAACCUGGGUUUGGUGAAUGGAAGUUGGCCUUAGGUGUAAUAGGACUCCCAGUUACUGCGCGCGAUCGUAUACUGAGGUGCUCCCCGUCGGUUGUUGGAACGACGCGAGCCGGGCCGGGCCUCGAUUCCUUUCAAAAAGAUGAAGGGACAGAGGUGACUAAUUCCCCAUCUCAUUUGGGGCGGAAAACGAAUCGACAUCUCGAUGUGAUACAGCCCUUUCCAUUUUCGUUGGGAAAGAACGGCGAAGUCCAUCCGAACCCUCCAAUGAAGAAAUAAGAGGAGAGCAAAGCGCCAAUGGCGCGCGAAGCGCAUGCGGAAGGGGCACGGAGAAAUAAAGAAGUGUGGGGGAGAAGCAGCCGAGCUCAUUCCCUUCGCUUCCUGGGCCCAAAGCAGUGCUUUGUUUCCUGGCCAAAUCAAGGAUUUGGGGCUGAUUGCAAAAGAUAUCUGAAUAGAAAGAUAGAUCCAUCCAUCUAUCCAGAUAUCUAAAAAAGAAUCGAUUUCGAUUUCAUGAAACCUUUGAUUCAAAGAACUGCGCUUAGCCCCCCCGCUCAUGAAACGGCUCUGCUGCAAUGGAUGGCAGAGGGUCCGUAGUACCCGAAGCACUGGAGUGAUCCAGUAGCCGGGAAGGGGCCUAGAAGUGCCUACUACUACACCACACUUGGCUCUACACAUUUACAGAGCUUACCCCUGUCCAGUGUCUGGCAGAACGUUGGGGGCUUCAAUCGUCGACUCGUUAUCCCCAUCUCAGCCCAGGCUAACGGAGCCUGACUUAUUCAGGGGAGAGAGUGGAGCCUAUCGAAGCACUCUUGAGAGUAAGAUCCUUGGCUCCUCUUCAUUCUCUACAGGGGUCUCUGCCCACAUGGAAGCGGGGCAGAGAUGGAUAAGAUCAAACACGGGAAUAAGAAGCAUUUGAAAUGCCUUUUUGAUCAUUUUGAUAGAGGGGGAUGGAUAAAGUGGGCAAAACAGACUCACAUUUUUCAAUCGAAAAGAUGGGUUCCUUUUUCGUCUCGACAAAGAAAGAAUCAUCUUGAAAACGCUCCUAACCCCUUCGUAGGGCCGUGUAUAGUAAGUGAUCCGAACCUGCCCGGAGCGAGCCCCCCUUAGAGGCAAGUGAAGUUGGUGAGCCGUAUGAUGGGCAACUAUCUCCUGCGGUUCGGAGAGGACUCAGCUGUUAGUUAGUACCCCCUUGGUUUCGGGGUGGACCCUUUCACUCUAUUUUAUUAUAUACGCUUAGCGAAAAGAAUGUUUUUUGAUAGACCUAGGACAUGGAUUCUAUAUGAACCAAUGGAUCGUGACAAGUCGUUACUACUAGCAAUGACUUCCUCUUUCAUUACUUCAUCCUUUCCAUAUCCCUCUCCCUUGUUCGAUCUUACUCAUCAAAUGGCACUCAGUUCAUAUCUGUAAGUUCGUUCGAUCAUUGACAAGGUUCAAAGAAAGGGUGGG